CCGAAGCCCCACCCUCUUCCCCCUCCCACUCCCAAUCACUCUCCCGGCUGAUGCUGGAAUCGAGCGUCACUCCAGCUUCGGUGGCGCUGCAGACAUGGCGACGACGCUGACAGUGGUCCAGCCGCUGAGCCUGGACAGAGAUGUUGCCAGAGCCAUUGAACUGCUGGAGAAGCUACAAGAAUGUGGAGAAGUACCAGGACACAAACUACAGUCACUUAAAAAAGUACUGCAGAGUGAGUUUUGCACAGCUAUCAGAGAGGUGUACCAGUAUAUGCAUGAAACCAUAAACGUUAAUGGCUGCCCAGAAUUCCGUGCCAGGGCUACUGCAAAGGCAACAGUAGCUGCCUUUGCAGCAAGUGAAGGCCAUUCACACCCUCGAGUGGUAGAACUGCCAAAGACUGAUGAAGGCCUUGGUUUUAAUGUGAUGGGGGGAAAAGAACAAAAUUCUCCUAUUUACAUUUCUCGCAUAAUUCCUGGAGGAGUAGCAGAAAGGCACGGAGGACUCAAACGUGGAGACCAGCUGCUUUCUGUUAAUGGAGUGAGUGUGGAAGGAGAACACCAUGAAAAGGCUGUAGAGCUUCUGAAGGCUGCUAAGGACAGCGUCAAGCUGGUGGUACGCUACACCCCCAAAGUCUUAGAAGAAAUGGAGGCUCGUUUUGAGAAACUGAGGACAGCACGACGCAGACAGCAGCAACAGUUGCUAAUUCAGCAGCAACAGCAGCAAAAUGCACAGCAAAAUCAUAUGUCGUAGAUUAUUCUCCAGAAAGAAAUUCUAAAGAUCAAGAAUUCAGCAACUUCACAGCAAAGCUGUGCUUCAUAUUCCAACAUAGAGUGAAGCAGCAGUAGCACCGGCAAUACCACAAUUGCACUCACCAGCAAACUGUGAAUUACUGCCAUAAGAAUUGUUUGACAUGCCAACACCACAAUAGACUCUCUCUAUGAGGCUUUUCAGUAUACUGAAGUCUUAGGAUAAAAAAGGGUUGUUUGACCCUGAUCCUGUUGUAUGGUAAGAUUUUUCAAAAUUUAAGAAGUUGUUUUGAAAAGAAACACAAAUGAAACCAAGUAUUCAUGGUUUCUGAAUGAAUGAAUGAAUGUAUGGUCCAGUUCUGCACUCCUGAUAAUAGUACUUCAAUGGAAUUUGUCGAACAGAUAUAAGACAGGCCAGUGCCAAGAAGAAGACUGUCCAGUGUUUGUCAGCCCCAGUACAGCUCUAGAUAUGCUACAGAAGGGGGGUGUAUGUGAUUAAUUACAUUAGAAUGUAGAUAGGGAUGUGCAUUCAAUUAUGCAUCCUCUAUGAAAACAACACAGUGUGGAUCAACAGCAUCCCUGUAAUUUCUGAUCCAGGUAGUGAUAGGUAUGCGGAUGUCUCCUUUUGUGUGCAGAUCUUCUGGCAUUAACUGGAUUGAGGCCUGUGUGUGUGUGCGUGUGCAUAAUAAGGUAAAGCAAAAUUGCAUCAUUAAAUGUCGCCACAUGAAAUUCCCUCAUACAUUCUACAUACGUAUUUGCAUCUCAUUGUUGUAGAGCUGUAUAUGAAAUCCCAUUUAUAAGAAUUCUCCCAUUUUUCCCCUUUAAAGUUGUUAAUAGAUUUAUAGAGCAUUCCAUUUGUAGAAGCAUUUGGCUUUUUACUCUUGAUGUAUCCCUAUAGUCUAUUUAUCAGGUUGGAUUCUAUCUUUUGUUAGUAGUAAGAUAUGAGGACCCUAGAACUGUAUUUUUAAAUAUAGAUAUUGCUAGUAUAUCUACUAUAGCUAUUAUCCAGAAAUCUAUAACUGAGUAUACAGUAUAUUUAUAAGAUACAAAUAUAUAUAUAAAUAUUGUCAGAAUGUACUUGUUCCAGAAGUAGGAUAUAUCCUUACUAUAUUGCAAAUGUUGUGGAGAUAAUGUUAAUGACAGAAACUUUGAGGAGGAGAGUAGAUAUAAUCAAGUAUCUCAGCAUUUCUCUAUUUUUCAAAUAUAUUCUUUAUUUCAUAGUUUUUUCCGAGAUUGACUGGACCAAGUCACUUAUCUAACUUUGUUCUCAAAGGAGAGGCAGUCCUCCCUAAGAAACCACCUCUGAUUGGUAGGGCAGUGUUAGUUUCCCUGAAGCUUUACAUCUAAUGUCUGAUUUACAUCAUCAGAGAAGUGGAGGCAGUCACCCUUCCAUUAACCCCUUUAUCAGGAAGUCCCUCACCCUGCUCCAAGGAAUAUUCCAUAGUUCAGUUUAAUUGUCAUUUGUCGUUGUUGUUUUUUUUUGGGGGGGGGGGGGUGGGGUUUACAAAUACCUUUAGAAGCCAAUUUUGAACUGGAAAGUUGAACAUAACUAAUUAUGAGUCCUGCAUUAGUAGACUGGACUGCAGACACCUUUUUCAGUGUUUCUCAGUGACUCUGAAAACAAAAAACUAGCACAAUUGCUUGUUAUAGUAGAUUUCUUUACUUGCAGGGCAUUUCUAGACAUGUGAGAGCAUUAAAAAUCAGAUCUGCUAAGUGUAGUUAUACCCCACUCAACCAGCACAGGAUUCUGACACCUAAUUCUUCUACAGUGCAGAUCAGUGUUCUCAUUCUGUGGCCAUGAAUAGUUAAGGAAGGGCUAUUGCAUUAUUCUGCCAUUUAUGAAAUCAGUCCAAAUUGUUGAAACUGAACUAGUGGCAACUGUCCUAGGUCAAAGCACUGAUACCCAAUGUUCUGCAACUAAAAAUGCAAUUGAUUUAACAUGUGACUUUUAUACAUACAAAACAAGUACUUUAUCACCAAGAACUGGGAGUAUAAAAUGAUGUCUCAACCAAUGUUCCCUCUAAGCUGCAGGGUCUUGUGAGCAAAAAUUCUACUUUGUGACCUACUGGCAUUAAAGUUGUGAGUUACUGCAUAAAUUAUUGUGCUUUGAGGUCAUACUUCCUGAGCUAAGACAAAAAUGUGUGAGCUGGAGGCUAAAAAUCUGUGAGUUAGCUCAUGCUAACUCAGCUUAGAGGGAACACUGGUCUCAACACUGGCUGUCAUCAGAAGAAUCAGUAGUAGAAUGUGUACACUGCCAUCCAAACCACUUAACAGUUUGAUCCAACCAACUUUUCUACAGCUGAAAAAAGAAGGAAAAGACCCCUUUGACCAACCUCCCAAAACUAUGCCAAGGAUCAUGGGACCUAGCUGGACAAAAGCCAUGUAGGCUGGAGGCUGUACUUAGGAAGAGAAUUGGCCUAGACUGAGUGAAAAAUCUGGAUGGAUCCAAUCCAUGAUCUGUAAAUUCAAAAUAAAUCAAACUGAAAUGUCAAUUGAAAUCUAUAUGCCCAUUACUUGAGAAGCAUUAGAUAUUAAUAGUUAUGUUGAAUGACUGGUUAGAAAAAUGUUAUUUUCCUUAGUGAAAUAAUUUCUAACAUUGUUUAAUAGAAUCUUAGUGGCUAUCAGAUCUACUUUUAUAACCAUCAGCCAGAAUUCAGCAGACUCACAUGCAGGGGGGCUCAUCUCUCAAAGGAAGGCAGGGAAUGAUGUGCACAUUUAUUGUUUUACAAAUCAUUUCUAAGAGAUGCAUUCAGAGCCAAGUAAUGUUCACACCCCUUUAGUUCAUAAGACAUGAUGUUUUGGGUCAUGGCUUUAUGAAAAUUAGAAGGAAAAAACCACAAUUAUGUGGAAUUGUAUUAUAGAAUUGCUUCAAAAUGGCUAAAACUAAGACAAUGGAGUUAUAACCCUAUGUUAUACAACUUUAAGUAUGGAAUUCUAUGUUUUGCUAUUAGUUUUAGUUUACUCUACUUACCGACUGUGAUGUGUCUUAUGAAAUAUCUAACUUUUAAAUGAUAUUGUUUUAAGGGUCUAUGUAAGUAUUGAGUGUAUUUCAUACACACUGUUGUUACUUUUUACACAAUCUGUAUUAUGUUAUAACCAUACAAUCUCAGUUAUAGCAAAUGCCCUGUAAAAAGAUUUCAUGUAUUAAGCAUAAUGUGAUAACAUCUGCAUUUCAGAUCACCAAAAUAAAUCAGAAAAUAAAAAAUUUCAAUAAAAUGGACAUUGCACAAAGUAGAUUAUAUAAGUAAAAUGUGAGUCAUGUUUAAAUAUGGAGUAUUGGCAAUAUUAUUUGGAUUGUGUAAUUUAAUAAAUUUUAAACGUAUAA